UGCCGGCCCGCGGGUCCCCGCGCCUGGCCCGCUCGAGGCCGCGUGGGAGCAGCCGGGCUCAACGGCGCGGCCGCCCAGCGGUCAUGGCCACGCAUGGGAAGCUACGCCGAGAGCGAGGGCCGCAGGCUGACUAUGAGGCGCAGGUCAAAGCCCCCGCCAAAGAAACUUCCUACUAUGCUACAAAAAGAGGAUCAGUAUCUCAACACCCGAAAUUCUGAAAGAGAUGCGCUGGCAACUGGGCGAGCAACUGCGAUGCCUGGAGCUGCAGGGCGAACUGCGGCGGGAGCUGCUGCAGGAGCUGGCUGAGUUCAUGCGGCGCCGCGCCGAGGUUGAGCUUGAGUACUCCCGGGGCCUCGACAAGCUGGUAGAGCGAUUCUCCGGCCGUGGAGGCCGCCUCGGGGGCAGCAGUCGGGAGCACCAGAGCUUCCGGAAGGAGCCGUCCCUGCUGUCGCCCUUGCACUGCUGGGCUGUGUUGUUGCAGCAGACUCGGCAGCAGAGCCGGGAGAGCACAGCCCUCAGCGAGGUGCUGGGCGGGCCCCUGGCCCAGCGCCUGAGCUACAUUGCCGAGGAUGUGGGGCGCCUGGUCAAGAAGAGUAAGGAUCUGGAGCAACAGCUGCAAGAGGAGCUCCUGGAGGUGGUGUCAGAGCUUCAGAUGGCCAAGAAGACCUAUCAGGUCUACCACACGGAGAGCCUGAGUGCUGAGGCCAAGCUCCGUGAAGCCGAGCGGCAGGAGGAGAAGCGGGCAGGCCGAAGUGCCACCGCCACCACCACCAGCACCGAGUCUGGGCCUCUCCGCAAGGGCUCCGUCAAGAAGGGAGGGCGGCUGGUGGAGAAGCGUCACGCCAAGUUCUUGGAGCACAAACUCAAGUGCACAAAGGCUCGCAAUGAGUACCUGCUAAGCCUGGCCAGCGUCAACGCCGCCGUCAGCAACUACUACCUGCGAGACGUCAUGGACCUGAUGGAUUGUUGUGACACAGGAUUCCACCUGGCCCUGGGCCAAGUGCUCCGGAGCUACACAGCUGCAGAGAGCCGCAUCCAAGCCUCCCAGAUGCAGGGCCUGGGCAGCCUGGAGGAGGCCGUGGAUGCCCUGGAUCCUGUAGGUGACAAGGCCAAGGUGCUGGAGGUGCACGCUAUCGCCUUCUGUCCCCCGCUGCGUUUCGACUACCAGCCCCACGAGGGGGAUGAGGUUGCUGAGAUCCAGGUUGAGAUGGAGCUGCGGGAUGAGAUUCUGCCCAGAGCCCAGAAUAUCCAGAGCCGCCUGGACCGCCAGACCAUCGAGACAGAGGAGGUGAAUAAGACGCUGAAGGCCACACUGCAGGCCCUGCUGGAGGUGGUGGCGUCAGAAGACAGCGACAUGCUCGACUCCUUCCAGGCCAGCCUGUCCACCGAGUCCCUCAAGUCCACCAGCUCGGACCCGGGGGCUCGGCAGGCUGGCCGGCGGCGGGGCCAGCAGCAGGAGACUGAGACCUUCUACAUCACGAAACUCCAGGAGUACCUGAGUGGACGGAGUAUCCUUGCCAAGCUGCAGGCCAAGCAUGAGAAACUGCAGGACGCCAUCCAGCGAGGUGACAAGGAAGACCGGGAGGUGACUUGGACCCAGUACACACAGAGAAAACUCCAGAAGAGCCGUGCCCCCCGCCCCAGCUCCCAGUAUAACCAGAAACUCUUCGGGGGAGACAUGGAGAAGUUUAUCCAGAGCUCAGGCCAGCCCGUGCCCCUGGUGGUGGAGAGCUGUGUCCGCUUCAUUAACCUCAAUGGCCUGCAGCAUGAGGGCAUCUUCCGGGUGUCGGGUGCCCAGCCCCAGAUCUCGGAGAUCCGUGAUGCUUUUGAGAGAGGAGAGGACCCGCUGGUGGAGGGCUGCACCGCCCAUGACCUGGACUCGGUGGCGGGCGUGCUGAAACUCUACUUCCGGAGCUUGCAGCCCCCCAUAUUCCCACCAGACCUGUUUGGAGAGCUGCUGGCUUCUGCAGAGCUGGAGGCUGUGGCCGAGCGGGUGGAACACGUGGCUGGCCUCCUGGCCCGGCUGCCCAGACCCGUGCUGGUGGUCUUGCGGUACCUCUUCACCUUCCUCAACCACCUGGCCCAGUACAGUGAUGAGAACAUGAUGGACCCCUACAACCUGGCCGUGUGCUUUGGGCCGACGCUGCUGCCCAUCCCUGCUGGGCAGGACCCAGUGGCUUUGCAAGGCCGUGUCAACCAGCUGGUGCAGACCCUCAUCAUCCAGCCUGGACGGGUCUUCCCGGCCCCGGCCCAGCUGCCCGGCCCCGUCUAUGAGAAGUGCAUGGCACCACCUUCUGCCAGCUGCUUGGGGGAUGCCCAGUUGGAGGGCCCGACGGGGGACAACGAGUUGGAGCUGGAGCCGGGGACCUCAGCCCAGGAGGAGGACCUGGAGGGUGUCGUGGAGGCUGUGGCUUGCUUUGCCUACACAGGCCGCACGGCCCAGGAGCUGACCUUCCAGCGCGGGGACAUCUUGCGGCUGCACGAGCGGGCGUCAGGCGACUGGUGGCGGGGCGAGCACGCGGGGGCACGGGGGCUCAUCCCCCACAAGUAUAUCACUCUGCCUGCGGGAGCAGAGAAGCUUGCGGCAGGCCAGGGGCUGCUGGCCGCCGGGGACCUGCUGAGCAGCUCAGAGGGGCUCCCCAUGGUGGAGCUCGUCCAGAGGCCAGAGCCGUGCACCCCACCUGAGAUCCCUCUUGGUAUCCCCGGGAGUCACUCUGGGUACCGACGGCCCUGCGUGGUCCCAGCAUCCCCAGAACGACACGUGGAGGUGGAUAAGGCUGUGGCACAGACCAUGGACUCUGUGUUUAAGGAGCUCUUGGGGAAGACCGCCCUCCGUCAGGGCCUCGGACCGGGCACCAACAACUCUUCGAGCCCCAGGCCUCGCAGCCCGAAGCCUCCAGGUUGUGGGCGCCUGGGCAAGAACAAAGGCUUCUCGCGGGGCCCUGGUGCCCCGGCCUCACCCUCGACCUCCCAUCCCCAGGGCCUAGACUCACCAUUCAAGUCCCACUGAAGGGCCCCCUCAUCCUCUGUAGGCCCUGCCCCAGCCCAGGGCAAAACCGGCCAGGCGCCCCCAACCCUUUGCUUCUCCCUGGCCCUGUCCGGCAUACCUGCUCGUGACCCUCUGCAGAGAGGAGGAAGUGGCCGCUCCAGCUCACCCCUGCCUUCCCUCUCUGGCUUGGGCCCCUCUGGGAGGCUGCUGCAGUGGGAGGCAGGGGCAGGCCCCUCCUGGCCCUGGGUGUGAGGGCUCGUGGCUGGUUGUCACCCUUGACAGCCAGUAGGUGGCGGGUGCCUUUGCUCAGCUGAGGGCGCCAGCCUGGUGGGGGUUGACAGGCAUUGGCAACCAUUCAUAAAGUCCUGUGCAUUGACUCCCAGAUGCGAGCCAGUUCUCUGUCUGGCUGGGAGGGGUGGGUGGUUGGAAGGUGGGUACAGGGUCAGCCUCUUGGCACCCCCAGCACUCGAGGCCGGGGCACCCAGCUUCUGGGGCUUCUUGGCACAGGGCUGUGUGGCUUGGGGACCUGCAUCUUGGAAGUCCCGUCUCCUGUGUGGUAGGUUCCAGAUCCGUGCACAUGUCUGUGGGUGUAGGAGGGGCCUGAGAAUCUCUCUGCACUUCCCCCACAUUUAAUGCAAUAAACAUGCAUGAAUUUUUUAAAAUACCAUCCUUGUAGAAAAGGGGGACAAAAAGAAGCAAAUAUAGAAAAAUAUGGGAAACCUA